AUGGCCGCCGCCGCCCAAGCCAGCACCGGCCUCGCCUGCUCGCCCGCCGCCUCGCUCAGCCUCUUCGAAUCCAUCAUCACGGCCUAUCCCCCCAUCCUCGAAUCGCUGCUCGCCCAGAUCUCCACCGCAACCCUCCUCCAGCUCUACCACACCUCGCGCCACCUGCGCGACUUUCUGCGCCACUACCCCCUCGCCUGGCGCACGCUGUCCUUCCGAUUGCCCCAGCCCGCCGUCGCCGUCGGCUCGCCGGGCAACGAGACGCCCGACAACCGCGACCGCCAGUCCAAGGCCUACUCGUUCGACGCCCUGCUCAAGCAGAUCAUAUCCCCCAACGGCACCCGCCUGACCAGCCUCGACCUGUGCAACACGGCCGUCACGGGCAUCGCCCUGGUCGGCAGCGUCCUGGGCCCGCGAAUCCACACGCUCCGCCAUCUGUCGGUACGCGGCUGCAAGAACGUCUCCAUCAAGUACCACAUUGUCCCCUUCCUCGAGCCCUACACCCUCAAGGACGCCCCCUGGAUCCAAAACGACCUCGCCCUCAAAAGCCUCUACACGUACCGCUGCCGCCACCACCGCCGCCGCCCCUACCUCCCCUCGUCGCUCAUCCGCCGCGACUCCGACUCCGAUCCCACCCACCAGCUCAUCGAGAUAUGCCACCAGCUGGGAAUAUGGACAGACACGGCCUGGUGUCCGAGUCCCGGCGGCAGGUGCUUCCGCCGCAAGGACUACCACGCAGGAAGAGCAGGGCCGCUGAACAUGGAGGUCUGGGUGCCCUUUGACCGCCUCUGGCGAUCAAGCAACCGCAUCGGCCCCAUGGACGGCACCAAGAAGCUGGGUGACCACGACGGCCGGCUGUGGGAGAUUGCCGAGACCGGCCAAGACGGUGAGCCGCUGGGGCCUGAGAAUAGCAACUUUGCAGGAGAAGGCAAGCAUGUCCCGGUGCACGAGCGAAGGAGCCACACGGCUUUUGUGCACGACGUCCGCUGCUCGCAAUGCGAUGACAUCAUUCUCGAGCGAUGUGAGUCGUGCAGCGUUCGUAUGCACUGCAUGGGCUGCCGGAAAACGCUGUGUGCCAGCUGCGCCUUCAACAGGCCAAUACCGAGAAAACGCGCCAAGACACGGCACUUUGCCAGCCUGGCGUUUGGCAGUGCCGGUACGCUCGGUACUGCGCUUGGGCAAGCGUCUGCAUCAGUACCGUCCGCCGAGGAACGGAACCACGAAGAGAAGGCCGACCGGAACCGCUUUUGGUGGGCGCCAGGCGCAACUCGAUCGCCCAACCUCAUGAACGAGAGUGCACAAGACGACGACUCGUCCGAUUCAGAAGACGGCGGGAAUAUGAACAACGGAAUGCCUGUCCCCCCGGCGAACCGCGAACCACCCAAACUUAACAUGCACUGGUGUUGUCUGGAACCCAUAUUCUCUGGCGGUGGUGGCAUCGCUGUCCUGGGAACCGGCCUGGGUGGCAGAGGAGCGGACAAGAUACGUGCCGCCCCUCUUCCGCGCAGAAAGGAGUUUGAGGACCCUGAUUUUAGCAACACGCUUCGGCCCGUCGACUACAUCCGAGAGUUGAAGAACAACGGUCUUUACGAGUACGUGCUUGGUGAGGACGUUGACAUACUCUCAUACUUGAAGCAGGAUUCGCUGGAUCUGCAGCAGCAGACAUGUCCCAGAGGCCUGUGCAAUGACUGCUAUAGGAGCUUCAGGUGGAAGGUCUCGUGCCGGGCCUGCAAGAGUCCAAUCUGUAAAGAACACGACUUUAGGGCACUCAAAGUCCGCAAAUGCGGCUAUCGAGAACUACACACGGAGCGUGAGCAUGUCCGAUCGCACAACGAGCCACCACAACGACUAGUCAUCCCCGAGUUCAAUCCAAAUCGGGCGAGCACACCAGAUCCCGAGCGCACGCCUACUGCAUCCAACUCCAACAAUGACGCCUACUCUACCGGAGACAACGAGUCUGAAUCCUCCGAGACACCAAUGUCACAAUCCCAGAUCCUGGUUGCUCCCCCACAGCACUCGUCAGUCGACAUGUCGACGACAGCCUCGCUCAACUCCAUGCCACCUCCCGACCCAUUCCCACUUGCAUCCUCCUUGUCUUUUAUUCCUGUCAGCUCGGCCCGUCCACGAUCCCUCAGUGUCUCUGGCGUCAGAGGCCGGCCUACAAGUCCGUGGUUACAAAACUCGCCGCGAUUGCCCGUCAACCACCCAGUCAGCAACCCGCUUCCAUUGCCGUGCAAUCCACGGCACCCUGUCCAGUGGGAAGGCUGCGGGGCCUACUUUUGUCAGUAUCCAAGGCCAGUCGGAGACAGCAGACCACAGUGUCCGGCCAUUCUCAAGGAGUGCUCAGAAUGUGCAGUUCUUGUUUGUGAUCAAUGUUCUGCAUCAACGCCGUCUUGCACAUGUACCUUUUGCACCGUCAACUACCACUGUCCGACAUGUACGCGCAAACCCAGUGUCCGCGCAAAGUGCCGUUUGGAAGCCGAGAAUCAAGCAAGGAGAGAAGCUGAGCAACGUACAAUGGCUAAACUGAAAAAGGACAAGGAAGAGCGUGGGCAUGCUGAUGAAUUGGCUGGGGCCAUGCACGAGUUUUUCGCUGGAGUCUACCACUAUGAUCCCAUACCGAGCCCGGACUCCAUCACCGUGACAACUGUGUUUGGAGUCAUGGAGGAACCAGCACACUUUACCACCAUCAGCGCAUCAGGCCCCUCACUCUUCCAUACCGCAUACGACCAUUCGGACGACGAGGAAAACAAUGUCGAGAUGACUGAACAUUUGCAGGAAGGUAUUGAAGCCCUCCAUCAGGGUUUGGCACAGAUGCAUCUCCAACAAACCACGUACGCAAACGGCAUGAGCGCCCACAUUACGCAUUUGCCGGUAGACGUGGAGCCUGAACAUGUGCAUGACGACGAGGACGACGAGGAUCUCCACGACACGGGCGAGGAAGGCGACAUUGACACGGAUGAUUUCGACGCCGGUGCCGACAGCACCAUGUUCGACGAGUUCGACGAUGACGAUGACGAUACCAUUGGCGGCGGUGUCCUUACACCUACCACUACUACCAUCACUACCACCGUUGCAACAUGACCAAAAGAAAAGUCUGUUUAAAAAAAAAGAGGCUCGGUUCGGUUUCAACACUUGAUGCACACAUGGCGCGCUGAAAGGCACACUCACACUCACACACACACACACACAUUGGAGUUGGGGUUUUUUUUUUACUUUUCGGAACAUGAGACGGCGCAAAAAUAUUCCCCCUCCUACCUUGUCUUUUUUUUCUGCUUCUGGUUCUGGCUUUUUUUAUCUCUCUCUCUCUCUCUCUCUGUUUUGUUUGGGGCUUUUUUUUCAGUCACCCCACCCUACCCUCCAGUCCUCUCACCACCACAUUCAUCCAUCCAUCCACCCAUCCAUUCACCCUUGUUCCCCCCCCCCACUUUCUUUCUCGUUGCUUCCUCUGCUG